UGAAGUACCUGGUAAAUUAUUCGCGCCUAGGGCUAGCCUUCAAACUUCCAGAACCAGCCUGACCCGUAGGUUACUUCUGAGAAACGCAGGUUAGAUAUCGUCUUGCUUUGUGAAUCUAAGAUAUCAAAAGAUUCCAUUUUUAUUACUUGUAUUUUUGGUUUCUGUCAAUGAACUUAUUCGUGGCUACUGUUAUUAGUAUCCAUAAUACAUAAUUCUAUGAGGUUCUCGAUCGUCUUCGUUAAAUGCUUCAAUUGAUCAACAAAUUCUGCCCAAAGUCUCGAUUCCCACUCUCCACCAUAUUCUGUAGACCUGCCAUUUCAGCUGCUGCCCUCUUGGUUUCUUCCAAGGAUCCGUCAAUCAGCACCCCCUACCCCAUCACUCCUUCCCCAUCUUCCCUCGCCAGAAAUGAAGCUGCCCGAAAAUUACUAUUUCUUUUCAGCGGUCUCUUUGCCAAGGGACACACUAUCGAGAAAUUAUGCCAUGACCCCAGAUUUGGAGGCUUGCUAUCGAGGGUGAAUGCAUCUGAAGUGGAGAGCAUUGUUGAAUUGUUGAGGCUUAAAAGGCCGCACCUGGCUGUAGACUUCUUCUUGUUAGCUAAAGAGCUUGGUUUCAAGCACUCUACGUUCUGUAAGAUUAUUGUGGCUCAUGUUUUGGCGGGAAAGCGGCAACUAAAGGAGUUGAGGUCCCUUUUACAGGAAAUGGUUAAUGAAGAAGGUUCUGGUUCUGCAUAUGCACUUUGUGAGCUAGUUCAGAAUAACUUCAAAAAUUGGGUUUCUUGUAACGUGGUUUGGAAUAUGCUUGCCUUUACUUAUUUGAGAUCGGAUAUGGUGGUUGAUUGUUUAUGUGUCAUAUCCAAGAUGAAAGAUUUGAAUGUUGAAGUUUCAAUAAGGACAUACAACAAUUUGCUAUACAAUUUGAGGCACUCUAAUUCUCUGUGGCAUAUCUACAAUGAAAUAAAAAAUUCUGAGGCUUCUCCAAGUGAAUACACAAAAUCUGUAAAAAGAUAUUUUGAUGAGUUGACACAAAAUGGCUUGAUAGAUGACAUUGUUCUGUGUUUGAUCCACAGAUAUAUUAAGUGUGGUGAUGUCAGAGAAGUUGGCCAACUAUACAGACUUUUAUCGGAGAGAGGAAUUGCUCUUAACACUAUUACAUUUAAUUCUUUUAUAUACGGAUUCUGCAAGGUCAAUAAGCUAGAAGAGGCAAGAAAGUUGAUUGAUGACAUUUAUGCAUGUGGUCUUAUGCCAACUGUUCGAACUUUCACAACUCUUAUGAAUGCAUAUGUUGAAGAGGGGGAUACAAAAGCAAUGCUUGAUUUGCUUAGUGAAAUGGAGGAAGUUGGCAUAGAACCAAAUUGUGUUACUCGCACAGUGAUUAUAAAAUCUUUUUGUAAUUAUGGGAGGCUUCAAGAAGCUGUUCAGAUAUUAAAGGAUACAUUUGGUAAGGGCAUUUCACCUGAUGCAGUUGUUUUCAACACUGUUAUACGUGGGUUUGCCCAAGCAGGAGAUAUGAGGAUUGCCUUUUGUUUAUACAAUGAGUUGUUAAGGAAUAAUAAUAGCCAGCCUAAUCAUGUAACUUACAACAUUCUAAUUACCGGUCUAUGUAUAUUUUUGGAUAUAAGGGUUGCUGAUACAUUUUUCACCUUUCUUCAAGAUCAGAAUAUGAGUUUAUCUAAACAAGCCUAUACCACUCUUGUAAAAGCACAUUCUGCAAAGGGUGAUGCAAAGAAAGCAAUAGAUCUAUUUGAGCAAUUGAUAGAUAAGGGAUAUGAGGUUUCAAUAAGAGAUUACAGUGCUGUUAUUAAUAGGUUGUGUAAGCGCCAUUCGAUGCAAGGCAUGUUAUAUAUUUUUGGUAUGAUGUUGUCAAGUGGCAUCACAGUUGACAAAAGAACUCAUUUGGUUAUGCUUAGAGCUUUGCGUCGCAGAAAUGACUACAAGUCCUGGGAUCAGUUUCAUUUUUUAGUGGAGAAAUAUGGCCUAAAUCUAGGAUAAAAUUUAAGGGUUUAUGGAAGUAGGAAGGCUUUUUGUCCGAUGGAGGAUAUCUUUGUUCACUUAGUACAUUGUAUAUCUUUAUUGAGUUCUCUGUAUAUUUUGUGGGUGAUAUUAAGGGCAUAUAAUCUACCUUUGGAUAUUGUGCAACCAUAAAAGGUUUUAGUUGUUGAGAGAGUGAUAGCAGCCUCUCAAUUGCAGAGUGUAAGAGUUUCUCUUGUGGGGACAGUGGAGACGCGAGGCAUAUCUGGGUUUUAGUUGUUGAGAGAGUGAUAGCCUCUGGAUGGCAGAGUGUAAGAGUUUCUCUUCAUGACUUUAGAUGAACCAACUACUAAUUUUGACAGCUCUUUUCACUUGCUACUUAUAUAGAGCUCUUUGCCGAGAAGCUCUUGAAGGAGUAAAUACAUGCAUGAUGCUUCAACAACCAAUGUGUGUAAGUGGAGAAGACCAGGAUGAUGUCAAGAUCAAUGCUGCUUGUAUUUUUGUUAAGAUACUCAUAAUCACGUCUCAGUUUUAAUGGAAACAACAACUAGCGAGUGAUGUUGAACCAAGUCCCAGCUUAUCACAGAAGCAGAAGCAGAUUUCUCAGAGAGAAGAAGCUGUAAAAGAGAAGAUUAUUUUGUCACAGGAAAAGAACAUACAGAGACUGAACGAAGUUGUGCGAAGUCUGAGAGAACGACUGGAGCAAUGCAGCAGGGGUAACAAUGAAACGGUGAAUGGUGGGACCCUUAACUCCCUGGUGGAGAACAUCAUCGAACUUGAACAACAACAAAUUCUGAUGGGCUCCUGGUGACAUGUUGUAGUUUGACAUCCUCAAUUGUAUGUGCUAUUUAUGUUUGGAAAUUGUUUAUCUGCUGUAGUAUUUCUCUGGAGGGUUCGGCAGUUUGACAUCCUCAAAUGGUACUUUCGGGGAAAUCCGGCUAGCGCAUCGUCAUGAUUUUUCCGUCUAUCUCCAAGAUUUGCAAAUAUAGGUCGGCCAGCUUAAAACUGAAUUCGAUAUACACAUAAUUUGACUACCAAGUGAAACUGUGGAAGUGUUCUUGUAUAGUGCAUGACCCCAACACCAAAUAUUCGAAUGCUUUGUGGAUAGCUUGAUGUUGGAUGCAUAUUUUCUAUCACUUUAGAAGAUGGUCUUUGUUUUCUUUAUUAGGACGAUGAUGUAUGCAACUGAUUACGGCAUUUCGAAGCCCCUACCUACAUAAUCACAUUGAUUCUGAAUUUGUUUGGUUUCUAGCACUUGAUUCUUUUCUCACAUGGAUUUUGUUCCAUAUUAUGAUUCUUUUCCAACUUGUCAUAAA